AAAUUGGACAGGCCUUUUAUGCCAUUGCAGGACCCAGCCCAAGGCUCAGUCUUUCCCUCACUUUCUUCUUCUUCCUGGAGCCGCACCCAGAGGCGAGCUAGUCUGCCAGCAGCCAUGGACUUGGAAUUGAACUUCGAAAUCAGCCGCACAGCAGAGUUCAUUCUAAAUAGGAACUUCACAAGAGUUGCUCUGCAGUUCCCUGAUGACUUGUUGAAACAUUCAACAAAAGUGGUUACUUGUCUAAGAAACAAGCUUGGGUCUGGUAAUAAAGUCGGGUUAUUCGUAAUGGCAGACACAACAUUUGGGAGUUGUUGUGUUGAUGAAGUGGGAGCUUCUCAUAUCGGUGCUGAUUGCGUUAUACAUUAUGGCCAUACCUGUCUCAGCCCAACCUCAACUCUUCCUGCAUUCUGUGUUUUUGGAAAGGCUUCAAUCAGCAUACCUCUUUGUGUUGAGAAGUUAUCAAGUUACUUUGGGACCAAUGGAAAACCUAUUGUGGUUCUUUAUGGGCUAGAGUAUGCACAUGCGAUAUCACAUAUCAAAGAGGCAUUGGUGGAAGCUAUGCCUAAGACCAAAUUGGAGCUCAUUUUUGCUGAUGUUAUGUGUUCCUCUAUUAAUCCAUUAAAAGAUCAUAGGAAGUCCAACGGACUUGGAUAUUUGGGCAGCUGUUCUUCUGUUAACAGUUUAGGUGCGGCAACUGGUACUAGGUGUAGUCUAGGAGGCUUGAUAUGGGAUCUACUAGAAGGACGGAGAGUGGAAGAUUACUUGCUUUUAUGGAUUGGGCCUGACAAUUCAGCUUUUUCCAAUGUUGUGCUGACAUUUAAUGGCUGUGAGAUAGUCAGAUAUGAUGCAACAGAGGAUCAAUUAGUGACAGAUGUUUCACAACAGAAAAGGAUCCUUAAGCGUCGGUGUGCAUUUCAACUUUUCGUGCUUCUGCUCACUACUUUCCUUACCCCUUCUCAAAGUUUGCUGUUUCUCUUCCCGAUUCAGCAACACCCUUAUCAAUACGGUAUUGUGUUACUCGUUUUGCACUAUGUGACUGCCGUUUCUUGCAGAUAUUAUCUAGUGGAGAGAGCAAAAGAUGCUAAUAUGGUUGGGAUUUUGGUAGGAACUCUUGGUGUGGCUGGCUACCUUCACAUGAUUCAUCAGAUGAAGGAACUGAUCAUGCUUGCUGGGAAAAAGGCCUACACUCUUGUCAUGGGAAGACCAAACCCUGCCAAACUUGCUAAUUUUCCUGAAUGUGAUGUUUUCAUCUACAUCUCAUGUGCGCAAACUGCACUUUUGGAUAGCAAAGAGUUCUUAGCACCUGUUAUUACUCCAUUUGAAGCCAUGCUAGCUUUCAGCAGAGGAAGCCAGUGGACGGGAACAUAUGUAAUGGAAUUUCGAGAUUUAAUCAGUUCAUCUCAAUUGGAGGUAAGUAAGCAACCUGAAGAAGCACGGUUUUCGUUCCUUAAAGGUGGAUAUGUUGAAGAUUUUGAACUCCAAGAGAAUGGAGAUGGAGAUAAUGAUGGCACUCUUGCCUUAGCUAAUGCAACUGAGAAGGCUCUGCAAUUGCGUAACCGAGACCCUGAUUCUCUUGUCAAAGGAAUAGCUAAAUCGGGAGCUGAAUUUUUUGUUACUCGAUCUUAUCAUGGUCUUGAAACACAAGCCAACAGCUCCUCACCCGGGCCAUAUUUAAUUGGAAGAAGUGGAAAGGCAUCAGGCUACAAAGAUGAGAAAAGUGAGCCUGAAACUUUGUAAGUUUUGAGAAAA